AUGCCUCCCAAAGCUGUCAACACCACUGCCCGUGACCUCGAGCUACUCGUGCUCGCAUGGCAGAGUCUCAAGACCACUCCUCAGGUCGAUUACGAACUCUUCGCCCAGAAGGCUGGAUACAAGAACGCAGCAACCGCAACGACUCAGUUCAACACGCUCAAGAAGAAGCUCUUCGCCCUCGCAGCCCCUGCUGACGCAUCCACCACCGGCGCAGGAGGCGGUGGUGGUGCCGGCCCGACUUCUAGCCCUUCGACCCCCAAUUCUACUCGCAAGACCGCAGCAGGUGGAGGCGGCGCUGCGGGCACUCCGGGCUCGAAGAAGCGUGGCGGAGGCACGCGCAAGGCAGCGGGCAAAGCUGUUGCUGCCACUGCUGCUGCUGGCGACACCGACGGGGAUGACGACGAGGCAGUGCCCGAGACGCCGAGCAAGAAGCACAAGACUUCUACCACCGCUAAUCUCAAGGCUGAAGAUCGCAAUGGAGGCGAAGCAGGUGACAAUGAAGUCUAG